GCAAAUAAAAUCUGUUUCCGCUUUCUCUUCUUCGUUUGUUUCUAUCGGUUCUGUCACCCAUUGUGUCUUUGUAGGCCUUUGGAGGUUAAACGUUUAAAAACACAACAUGUCUGGGUAUACACCCGACGAAAAGCUCCGAUUCGAGCAGCUCUCAAAGCUCCGCAAGCAGUGGCUGAAGGACCAGGAGCUCAGCCCGAGGGAACCCGUCAUACAGGCUAAACCUCCUGGCCCUAUUACGAGGUUCUGGAAUCGUUUCCUGGAGCCGCAGACCCUGUGGAGGCUUUACACCCACAAAGUCUACAAAGGAGCAGUUGCCGUCGUAACCAUAGGUUUGAUUCCUGCAUGGUUUGCUCAUUACUGCUCAAAAUACUAUGUUAUGAAACAGGACAGGUUCUAUAGUAUUGUUGGUGACAGAGAACCGGUGUACCCAGGUGACAUCAUCGCAGAGACAGGUGAAGUUGUUCCAGAACUGCCUGAGUUCAAGGGUCACCACUGAUGCUGAAGCCUUCAAGAAUUACUUUGUACAAAUAACUAUGUAUCUAACAAUAAAAAGUUCAUUAUAACAUA